CAAAUGUUUUCGUAAGUGAAUCGAUUAGAAAAUAUUUUGAGAUCCAAAUGAAGUUGCUCAGAAUCUAUGUUCUAACAGUAACAGUGGCUAUAUGUUUCUUUAUUACUGUCCAUGGAACUGCUGUUUUGCCUACUAGUGAAGUGGAGACUCUGAAGCAAAUUGGAAGGACAUUAGGAAACGAUAAUUGGGAUUUCAGCGUGGAUCCGUGUAGUGGAGAAUCGGGUUGGAAUGUGUCAAUAACAGAUAAUGCAGUAAUAUGUAAUUGUUCAUUCUCCAACAAUACCACCUGUCACGUUGUGAGCAUGUAAUUUCCUUCCUUAUCUCUUUC